AAUGGUGGACGCGUGAGGUGGAGGCGCGAGCGCGCAGGGAGGCCGGAGCGGGCAGCGCGGCGGCGGCGGCGGCGGCAUGUCCGUGAACAUGGACGAGCUCAAACAUCAGGUCAUGAUCAACCAGUUCGUGCUGACGGCGGGCUGCGCGGCAGAUCAGGCGAAGCAGCUGCUGCAGGCGGCCCACUGGCAGUUCGAGACAGCCCUCAGCGCCUUUUUCCAGGAGACCAACAUCCCCUACAGUCACCACCACCACCAGAUGAUGUGCACUCCUGCCAACACCCCUGCCACACCCCCCAACUUCCCUGAUGCCCUCACCAUGUUCUCACGUCUCAAGGCCUCUGAAAGCUUCCACGGUGGUGGCAGUGGCAGCCCUAUGGCCACGACGGCCACAUCACCCCCUCCUCACUUCCCCCAUGCUGCCACUGGCAGCUUCCCAGCACCCAGCUGGCCAACUGCAGCCUCACCCCCGGGAGGCCCACAGCACCACCAGCCUCCCCUGUGGACUCCAGCACCCCCCUCUCCGGCUUCAGACUGGCCUCCUCUGGUCCCCCAACAGGCUGCCUCAGAACCAAGAGCCCACCCUGCCAUGGAGGCAGAAAGAUAAGGGAGGCCCCUCCCCCUCCCGGACGCCAAGACCCUGUGGGGUGGGGGAGAGAACGUCUCCGCGGGCCCUUUUCACCCCUCUGUCUGCACCCUGUGCCCCGAGCCCUGGAGGGAAGAGACUGGACUCUAGCCCGGCGGGGUGUGUCUUGUGCUAGAACGCACAGCUGCAGGCACAUGAGGUCCCAGCUCGCAUGGAUGUGGCUUGGGUGCCUGGUGGCAGCACCUCGGACGUCAAACAGCCUUCUCAUGGAGACCCGCCUGCCCCGCCCCAGCCCACCCCACCCAGGGGUGUCUGCAGAGACACAGCGGGCUCUUGACUUGGAGCUCCCUGGGGGCCAGUAGGCCUAGCUCCCCACCCUUGGGAAUGCAGAGCCUUCUCCGCAUGUAUGCGUGUAGCUGUGUCUGUGUAUUUAUAUGUAUGCCACUCUUCAGAAAGCAGCUUAGUGUAUGAGGCAGCCAAACUUUGCAUGUUAGAGUGAGUCCUAAGCCCUUGCCCGCCACCCUCUCCCCCCAGGGCCCUGCCUCACCCCAUCCCCUUGUCAACCAGCAUUGCUGUUCCCUGCAGAGAAAAGGAUUAUGGGAAACUCCAGGACUCUUGUACCCAUCCCCCAGCGCCUGCUGCUGGGGCCUCCUGCAUGCCUCGCCCUCAGCACCCAAGAGUACCCCACCCCCACUUCCUGUCCCCUUUUAAUGAAAGAGAAGAAAGUUCCGAAUCACCA